AUGUUCGCAAGGCUAUCUCUCAUCGUCUCGGCUCUUGCCUUCUUCCUCAACCUCACCGCUGCUCUUCCUUUCGGCUGGCACCCUCGCCCUACAGCAGCCUUCCCUCAACCUCCCGGCGGCUUCCCUCACCCAGAGGGCGGUUUCCCUCAUCCUACUGGUGGCUUCCCUCACCCAACUGGCGGCUUCCCAAUGCCCACCGGCGGCUUCAACCCCUUCCCUACAGGCUUCCCCACCGGCUUCCCUCCAGGCUGGGUUCCCGGCGAGGGCCCCGCACCCACCGGCACCGCUCCCAAGCCCCUCGAGAAGAGAUUCGAAGGUGCCCGUGGCAACCACGAUGGCUUCUGGUGGGGUAACUGGGGCGGCAACUGGGGCAACUGGGGUCCUAAGCCCACUGCCACUGCUGUUGCUCCCAUUGUUCCUACCGGCAACGCUGCUUUCCCUACCGGCGCUUGGGGUCCUCCUCCCGCUGAGUCCGGCGCUUGGGGCUUCCCUACUGCUCCUGUUCCGGUGCCUACUGGCUACUAA